CAAAGAAAGUGGAAGCCGUCGAGCAAUUUCAAUACUAAAAGUCGUUGAUAAUUUUAAAAAAUGACAUGGACUAUAUACUGCGACCCAAGUGUCAAAUCUGGAACCAAAUAUGGACUAUAGCGAGGCUCUACUGUAUAAGUCAGACUUUAAGGGGCAGUUUUAAAAUUGCUUAAAGAUUUAUCUCAGAAAUUAAGGGUGCAUCUUCAAAUUUUUGUAUCCACCUUUCAAAAUGAUCGUCAUAUGAUCAUUUAAAAAUGGCGGUUCUAUAGAUAGAUUCUUUUUUGUUUCUUGAGUACACUCACGUGAGAUCAGCAUCAAGAAAGGUAGAAGCUAGUAAAACAUUUUCACCCAAUAUCUCUCACGAGAAGCCCCCUCAAGUUCCUUGGAAUGAAGCGAAAUGUAACGACUCGCCAUGACUUUGGACUCUCCGUUCUGCGAUCUCUCAGUCAAUUGCCAUUAGCAGUAGCUAUUUUUAGCCAGACUGAGACGCACUUGACACCCAGGAAAUUGAAAUUGUGUCCCAUAGGCAGUCGAAUAGAAACCCUUUGCAAAUUCUCUGAACAUGCAUUCUCUUCCAUGAUCUCGACUGAUAAGGAACUAAAUAAUUUUUGUGUCCCAAAGAUUGAAAAGUGUUUAAACCGAGAUUUCCCUGUCACUCACCAUCGCCCCAGACAUUCAAUUAAUAUUAGUGAAAAACAAACAAUUGUGCAUCAAGUGCGAUAAAAUCAGAAAUUUGCAGUAUCGCGCAAUUUAUUAUGCAAUUUUGUUGUUUACGAUGUUUCUGUAAUGAGGGAAAAUUGUGUUUUCUUGCUCUGUUUUUAUUUUUGACUCUAAAGAAUUUUCAAUGAACAUUUAAUUAGUGAUGCUUCCGGGGAGAAAAUAAUGUGUUUCUGUUUUUGGAAAAAGUUCGUGAUUUGUGGCCACUAAAUCUCCAAAAAUGUAUAAUCAAAAGAGUCGUGGACAAUAUUUGGUGCGCAAAAAUGUAGCUUGGUUAUAAAGAUUUACAGCUAAAUCAACAACUAAUUCUGGAAUUACGUUUUCUAACACGCUAUUUUUAGACCUUUUGUGGUUUUAUAGUCAGUUUCAUGGAAUAGAUCGCUUUUUCAGAGAUAGACAAGCCACUGGCCACGGAGGUGCCAGGCAAUGUGAGACUAGUGGAGAGGGUUCGGGGGAAUAAUUAAGGCGCUAAAUACUGAGUCACUCUAUUACUUAUUCUUAAAGUUUUCUGGGUUGUUGUUUAUUUAAUUUAGUAACAAAAAAAAUGAAAGAGAAAUUGUGGUGAAAAAUAAAAACGGGAAGAAUUCACAAAGAAUCUAUCUGCGAGAUUUUAAAGUUAGAAGAUGAGUGGACUCGUUGAGCAGUCACCGAGCAUUUCCAUGUCCAUUAAAGCCACAACAUCUCCAGCACCUGCCACAGCAGCUUCCGCCCCAGAGUCCCAAAUGGCGGCGGAGGCUCAUGAAUCACCUCCGAAACUCAACAAUAUGAAUGUAGUCAUUACUAGUCUCAUUGCCGGAGCUAUAGCAGGGGCCCUGGCCAAGACAGCCAUCGCACCACUCGACCGCGCCAAAAUCAACUUCCAAAUCAACAAAGAAACUCCCUACACGUUUCGCGGUGCUACUCUUUUCCUGAAGCGUGCCUUCGAGAAGGAGGGAUUCCUGUCGUUGUGGCGUGGUAAUUCCGCCACAAUGGCACGAAUCAUUCCCUACGCAGCUAUUCAAUUCACCGCCCACGAGCAGUACAAGAAAUUGCUGAAGGUGGAUCAAGAUAAAAGUACAAACAUCCGGAGAUUUGUGGCGGGAUCUCUAGCAGGAAUCACAUCGCAGUCGAUGACGUAUCCACUGGAUUUGGCUCGUGCUCGGAUGGCCGUCACGGACAAAUAUACGGGCUAUCGGACACUCAGGCAGGUCUUUGUGACCAUUUGCCGGGAUGAGGGUCCGAGGACGCUGUUUAGGGGCUACUGGCCGACUGUUCUGGGCGUUAUUCCCUACGCGGGAAUGUCGUUCUUCACGUAUGAGACGCUAAAGCGAGAGUAUACGGCAGUUACGGGAGAAAAGAAGCCCAAUACGCUGUUUUCGUUGAUGUUUGGGGCAGCAGCGGGAGUUAUUGGGCAGACAAGCAGCUACCCUCUGGAUAUUGUGAGGCGAAGAAUGCAAACUAUUGGUAUCAAUGGUAGAACUGAUCAGUACUCAACGAUUAUUUCGACUCUCCAGAAGAUUUACAGAGAGGAGGGAAUCAAGAAUGGCUUCUUCAAAGGUCUCAGCAUGAAUUGGAUUAAAGGGCCCAUCGCUGUAGGAAUUAGUUUCUCCACGUAUGAUUUUAUUAAGGAAGUAUUGAGAGAAAUAGUCGGAUUGCAAACUGACGCCAAAGAAUAAUUAAAGAAAAAAAAAAUGUGAAUCAUUUCAAAAUUUAGUGGGAAAAAUUGUUAAAAAUUAUUUUUUUACCCAGUGAUUGUAAAAAAAAAAUAGCAGAAAGUACGAAUAAAUGUGAUCAGAGCAAAGCCCUAUAGAAAAAAAUGAAAGAAAAGAAAACGAUAGUCAUGAAUGGAAAAUCACUCACAAGAUAUUCUAGUUGUUAGUCCUUUUUUUUUUUUGUAAUUUACUGAAGUGAUUUCUGUACUCGAGGAAUGCAAUGUCUUUUUUUUAGUUUUGUUGUUAAACUCUCAAACGCUCAAUUGUCAGUCUGGUUUAUUUUGUAAGUUAUGCUUAGUGCACAUAUAUUAGGCUAAUUAUGAUAUUGCAUCUUUUUUUUUAAAUGGAUGAGAAAAUUGUGGCGAAAUAAAGCUUUUUCAUUUUACAACCUUCCACCUUUUCCUGAUCGGGAGACUAAUGCCUAUAAUGUGACAAUAAAUUUGUACGGUGCCAUGGGUCAAUUUAAUAUGUAUACUUACUAUGAGAGUGUAUUAAAGAGAUCUGAAUGAUUUUUCCAUUUUAAA